GCCGAGCCGAGCCGGGCCGGGCCGGUCUCUCCGCCGGGCCGGUGUCGCUGGGCCCCGGGGCCGCCGGGCAGCAGCCGGGCCGGGGCGGCCGAGCCCAGGGGCCGCGGCCCGGAGCCUCCUGCUGCGCGGGGAGCCGCCCGCCGGGCAUGGCCGGGAGACACGGGCCCGCCCCGCCUGCCCAGGUGCCAGUGGUAUUUGAUGACGUCGCGGUCUAUUUCUCCCGGGAGGAGUGGGACAUGUUUGCGGAGUGGCAGAAGGAGCUGUACCGGGAGGUGAUGACGGAGAACUAUGAAAUGCUGCUUUCUUUGGGUUACCCGGGCCCCAAGCCUGACCUCUUGUAUCGGCUGGAGCGUGGGGAAGAGCCGUGGGUCCACACCCCACAGGGCCCCGUGGCGUGGGAGAGCCCCUCUCCGGCAGAGGAGGAGGAGCAGUGCUGUGAGCCGUGGGUCAGCCCCCAGCAGGACUCCCUGGUGUGGGAGCCUCCGGAGAGUCCCUGCCGAGGCGGCGAUGUCCUGAGUGGGUCCGGGGAGCAGCAGCGCCGGUUAUGGGCCAGCAUCCUCCAGUGCGCCGUGGCAGGGGAGAGACCUGAGAGCAUCAGCCGAGCAGAUGGCAGGGCCAGGAGCAGUUCUGAGGAGCAGCAUCCGGACGACGGGGCUGAGACCCUGCAGCCCUACAGGGUGUUACUCUGGGGAUCAGAAGAGGGCGCUGUCCUGAGCCCUGAACUGCAAGGGACCUCCCAGAGCUCGUGUGGGUCUCAGAGACCGGAGAGUGAGCUGGGGGCCACGCGGGGGUGUGACCGGUGCUCUAGCAACUCCCCAAAUAUGCGCUCAGGGCCUGAGACUGGAGCGGGGCCGAGCCCGUGCCCGGUGUGUGCCCCGAGAGCCAAUGGGACGGCCCCUCCCGGUGCGCAGGAGAGCAGCGUUCCCAAGAAGGAGAAACCCCACAAGUGCCCGGAGUGUGGGAAAGGCUUCCGGAGGAAGUGGGACCUGACCAAGCACCAGAGAACCCACUCGGGGGAGCGCCCCUACCCCUGCCCGGACUGCAGCAAGAGCUUCAGCCACGUCUCCAACCUCAUCAAGCACCAGCGCAUCCACACCGGGGAGCGGCCCUUCGCCUGCAACCUCUGCGGGCGCAGCUUCACCCUGAAGCAGGUGCUGGUCCGGCACCAGCGCAUCCACACGGGCGAGCGGCCCUUCGCCUGCACCGACUGCGACAAGAGCUUCAAGGACAAGCAGAAGCUGACCAUCCACCAGCGCAUCCACACUGGCGAGCGGCCCUACGUCUGUGCCGACUGCGGCAAGAGCUUCGGGCAGAGCCAGCGGCUCAAGACGCACCGGCGCAUCCACACGGGGGAGAAGCCCUACCUCUGCAGCGACUGCGGCCGGGCCUUCAGCCAGGUCUCCAAUCUGUACACGCACUGGCGCACCCACACGGGCGAGCGCCCCUACCCCUGCACCUACUGCGGCAAGAGCUUCAGCCUGAAGCACGACCUCACCAAACACCAGCGGGUGCACACGGGCGAGCGCCCCUACCCCUGCACGGACUGCAACAAGAGCUUCAGCCAGAAGCAGGACCUCACCAAGCACCAGCGGGUGCACACGGGCGAGCGCCCCUACCCCUGUGCCCAGUGCGGCAAGAGCUUCAGCAACGUAUCCAACCUCCUUGCCCACCAACGGACCCACCUGGGGCAGCGGCUCCCAGCGGCCGGCCGGGCCCAGCCUGGCCAGGAAUGAACCAUCAUGGGGGUGCUGCUGUGAGCUGGUCCAGAAAUCGGGGUGGGUGAUGGAACCACGUCACUUGGGCCGUGACCCGCGUUCUGCUCCCCUUCCUGCCAGUGCAAAUCAGGAGCCAGUGUCAGCGGAUGUGCUAAGUGAGGGGAGAGCAGGGCAAGGGGCUAGCAGAGGGUGCUAGAUCAAGCCACCCCAGCCGACAUGUUGUCUGGCAGCACCUCCAGGACUGAGAUCCCAUUGGUUUCAACAGCACUUACACCAGGGUCUGAUCCCCGCCCCCGACAUCUCAAGCAAGUGUAAGUUACAGUGGAGUCGCAUCACAGGUGCAUUUAACUUAUGCGAUUUUAACUAUAUGCACUCGGCAAAACAAAACAAAAGAGAGAAAUAACAAUUUAAAUACUGUACCCGUAGUGCGGGCGAUUCUGCCCGCCA